AUGCCACCACCGGCCUCUUCAGUGGGUUUCUCCAAUCUACUCAACCACGAUACCUCGCCCGACUCGACACCCUCGACACCCGGCGACUCAAAUUCCUCAAUGGCGUCUUCCGUUAGCUUAUUGCCGCCUCUCAUGAAGGGUGCUCGUCCCGCGACCGAGGAGGUUCGCCAGGAUCUGCCCCGGCCUUACAAGUGUCCCCUCUGCGACCGGGCAUUCCACCGUCUGGAGCACCAAACGAGGCAUAUUCGGACGCAUACCGGAGAGAAGCCCCACGCCUGCCAGUUCCCCGGUUGCACCAAGCGUUUUAGCCGCUCCGAUGAACUCACUCGCCAUUCGCGCAUUCACAACAACCCCAACUCUCGCCGCAGCAACAAGGCUCAACACCUUGCAGCGGCGGCUGCGGCCGCAGCUGGUCAGGACAACGGCAUGGUCAACGCAGCUAAUAUGAUGCCCCCUCCCAGCAAGCCUAUCACUCGCUCGGCUCCUGUCUCGCAGGUUGGAUCGCCAGACGUUUCCCCUCCUCACUCUUUCUCCAACUACGCCCACCACAUGCGCUCAAAUCUGGGCCCUUACUCUCGAAACACUGAGCGCGCCUCUUCCGGGAUGGAUAUCAACUUGCUCGCUACAGCAGCUUCGCAAGUUGAACGCGACGACCACAUGGGAUUCCACGGCUCCCGCCACGGGAUGUUCGGAUCCCGCCACGGAACUGGCCGCGGUCUUCCCUCACUUUCCGCAUAUGCGAUUUCACAGAACAUGACCCGUUCGCAUUCCAACGACGACGACGAUGGAUAUGGGCAUCGCGUUAAGCGCUCCCGUCCUAACUCGCCCAACUCCACUGCUCCUUCCUCUCCUACUUUCUCUCACGAUUCCCUAUCUCCUACUCCUGACCACACUCCCCUCGCUACUCCCGCCCACUCGCCUCGCAUACGCCCUAUGGGCACUAGUGAGCUGCACCUGCCCUCCAUCCGCCACCUUUCUCUCCAACACACACCUGCUCUGGCUCCCAUGGAACCGCAAGCCGAAGGCCCCAACUAUUACAGCCCUACGCAGGGUCACAUGGGUCCCACAAUCGCAGAUAUCAUGUCGAAACCCGACGGUACACAGCGCAAGCUGCCUGUUCCUCAAGUUCCCAAGGUUGCGGUGCAGGAUAUGCUCAAUCCCACGGGUGGGUUUUCAUCCAUGAACUCGUCAGCUAACAAUUCUGUUGCUGGCGGGGACUUGGCAGACCGGUUCUGA